AUGUUUCCGACUGCUUUGCCGCCUGUCACGCAUUCAGUCGUUAGACUGAGUGCAGCGGAUCGUCAUGUUAUACGACGUGCGGCUGUCGUUGUCGGUUUGGGAAACUACACGCACCCGAAAACGCGGCAUUCCAUUGGUCAGUACUGCCUUUCGCCUCUCAUGCGCCUCGCAGAAUCGCAUGAUCAGGCAUUGCGACGCGAAAUUGCCCGGCGUGUCUCUCGCUUGCCUCCCGAUGCACCCACCUUCGAGCUUCCAGAGACCACUCCUCUUCAAUCGUUCCGUCACGUACGCGCAUCGAAGGGCUGGCUCGCCUGUGUUUCUGUGCUGCUAGACUCAGCACCAUCCAAAGGCUCUGCAUUGCGUCGAGCGCCAGAUUUCCGCUUGGGCAAGUAUCCGUAUGUACUGUUUGACCUCGUGUUCUAUAUACCCCGCGUGCUCAUGAAUGUCAACGGCACGGGCGUCGCCUCUGCAUUGCGCAUGUACCCAGACGUGACACUUGAGCAUGCGAUUCUUGUACAUGAUGAAUUGCAACGGCCCUUUGGUAAAGUAGCAUUCAAGGCUGGCGGCAGUGCUGCUGGACACAACGGCGUGCGGAGUGUGCAGCAAGUGUUGCGCUGCAGUGGCCGCUCGAUGAAUCAGCCUGACAUUGCGCGCAUUCGUAUCGGUAUCGAUCGUCCACAAGAUCCUAGCCACGAUGUAGGCGCUUACGUAUUAGGCGCCAUGCCCCCAGCUUGGCUCACUGCGUGUGACUUUACGCCGGACGGUACGCCUGGCCCUGUCUUGCAGCAACUAUGGCAAGUCCUACAUUCAUGGUGCCUAUCACACAUAGCGCCUUUUUGUGAGUGA